AUGGUUAUUUCCACGUAAGCCAGUGAAUUGAAAAUGCAAAACAAAACCAUUGUAGCGUUCAUUUCGACAUUACUUUUCGCACAAAUUUAUUCGUACCUUUUAAAGUCUGACAACAAAUACAAUGUUAGUCAAUUUAAUUAUAGACCUGUGAAUUAUGGCCCCGUGCCUGAUUACUAUGAUUGGAGGGAGCAAGGGAUGGUGUCUCCUGUGAAAAAUCAACUGACUUGCAAUGCUUGUUGGGCGUUCUGUGUUGUCGCAAGUAUUGAGAGUCAUCUCAAAAUUUAUCGCAAUGUAGAGGAGACCCUCUCGGAACAGUUCCUAAUAGAUUGUGAUGAAGAUAAGAAAGGCUGUGGAAGUGCAUCCAUUAUAAAAACAUAUGCUGACAUAGUAACGAAACUUGGGGGUGUACUCCGAGAAAGCGAUUACUAUCCAUACGCCAGCAGACCUCUUCAAUGUAGAUGGCAUCCGAAGAAUAAGGAGUUGAAAUUAGGACCACCCAUAGCUAGUCCAGGGCUGAUACCCGUGGUAGGGUUCAGAAGAGUGCUCCCUGAUGAGGAAGUGAUGGCUCAAUUUAUAUUCCAAUAUGGACCUUUAUCUGCUGCCAUAAAUUCAGCAUCAAUGGCAAGAUACCGAGGUGGUAUUGACGAACCCACUGACGAGGACUGUAAUCCGCGAGGAUUGGAUCACUCCAUCCUAAUUGUUGGAUAUAGCGCAUACGUGUCCAAGGAAACCGGCAAGACACUACCAUACUGGAUCAUCAAGAACUCCUGGGGAGUGGAAUGGGGAGACAACGGCUUCUACUAUCUCGUUCGAGGACGGAACGCGUGCGGAAUCGCUACGGACGUUUCUUUUGCUUACAUUAACUAAAUAAUAAUAAUGAUUUCUUAAGUUUGCGCGAAUGUUAGGCAUUUAAAUUAAACUAUUUUACGGAUUA